AUGAACAGUCGCAAUAGUGUUAAUAAAAAUAAUUUGAUGAAUUUUUCGACUGGAUUGACGACACUUAAUCAGUUGGACCCUAAGGAUGAUCUCGUGAGGUUUCCUUUUGACCAUAUUUACGCGUGCCAUUCGGAUCCUGGACGAAGAACUGUUCUUCCUCUUGAUAAGCAGGUGGAACAAGCAUCACGAUUGGUAGUAGCAGAAAAAGAAGACAAAUAUCUUAACUUGAAUAAAAUCCAUGAGCACCUGAACGCCUUAGAACUGAAAAAUAAGCGAUUGAAAGAUUUACUAAUUUACCAUUUAGAGUUAGUACAACAACAAAACGAGGCAAUUACAAAGAAAGACAAAUUAUAUCAAGUACUGAAAUUAGAGAAUAAUGCGCUCAAGGCAAAAUUAGUUGGUACUUUUGGAAUAAGUAUUGCUUGUGAUCCACACGAAAUGACAUACCACCCACCUGAACCGACAUCCACUGUCACGUCUGAAACAAUAACCCAGAAAUCUCCUCAGAUUGUCGAUUUCUAUCCAGCUGUCACGAGCCACAGAUCCCCGGAAAGAAAAAAUGACCUAAAAGAAAUUUUUGAGCGAGCACGAAUCUCUGCACAAGCUCUCAUUGAAAAACAUAAUAGAGAAAUAGCCGCAGGAGCAAACUACGCACAGCUAAAAACGUGUGCCGGCCAAAUGAUUGAGAACAAACGUUCCGGGAUGAAGAAGGCGAACUGUAAGCAGCCACAGAGCCAGGCUAAGCCACGACAAACCAUGAAUAGGAAAGCCUCUCCUAAGACCAAUCCUAUGGUUCAAAGAAAGAAGCGGAAAAGUACGAGCAAAUCGACCAGGUGCCGCUCAAAGCAGCAAAUUGAAACGCCGCAAGCUGUUGCGCUUGGGAAAAGCUACCAGAGUCCUUCAUUCAAAAAAGCCUUCAAGUACAAAUCGACAGGAUCUCUUGCUCAGUGCUUACGACUAAUCGAUACUAUCCCGACAGGAGAAGACCCAUAUCAAUUAGGGGAAGCCGAAUUUCAAGAAGUCCAAGAGAAUCCAAUUCUGAAACGCAAGUCGGCGUCCCAUUUAUUUGUGAACAAAAAGAGAAAGAGUGCCCUGGAGGAUAUAGUGUCUGAUAGUGAGGAGUGUGAGGUUGAUAUAUUAAACGUAACGCCGGACAUGGAAUCUAAAGAAAACCUGGGCUACCCCAUUGACCCGACGGAACCAGUGUUAGAACAAUCGCUCAGUAUAGAAGAACUUCAUGACUCACUUAGCCAGGAGUCACGACACAUGCAGACCGAAGAGCAACCGAGCACGUCUCGUGGAAAAAAGCGGGCUCUUUCCACCACUGGUAUCAGCAAAGAAACUAAAAAGUCACGUGCUAAAAGAGAGAAGAGGUCGCCUCCCCCCGGCGUUUUAAUACAUGAACCGUUCCACACUCUAAUCGGAGACCCAGAAUGUGACUGGUGCGUCACUCUAGCGACUGGAGUUAAUAGCGAACUAUUCGACCCUGAUCUAGCCUUAUUAAACAAUGUCGAGGUACCGCAAUGGCGCGAAAAUAAAUACGAGCCCGACUCCCAUUGUGUUUGUGCUGAAUUUGUAAAUGAUAAGACGUAUGAGAAACGUCACAAUAAACACGAAACAGAGGAAAGGCGCCAGUUAAGAUGGCACAUGCGACGGAUAAGAGAGCAGCGACAUAUGGAACGUUUGCGGCAGCGGCAUAAAGACUCGUGGUCGAAUAUGCCCGUAACUCCCCCUUCGGUCUAUACUUUGUGGCCGCGGCCCCAGCGAGACUUGCACGAAUUACAAAUCGCGCUCAGUUUGCCCGUUGGGGCUUUCGGCGAGGACAUUCCUGAUUUACCACAUGCAAAUUUCAUGUUGCCAUGGGUUCGCACUUCGAAAGCGUUAAAACGCGCUAAACGUUCCAAAACGUUACAUUAG